UUACUUAGGGCAAUCGCAACUCGACUCUGGGCCAACGAAGGCUAAAAUAUUGAACGUUUUCAUAAAUUAUUAUUACGAUGUGUGAAGUGAAUUGUGAAAGUGCAAUAAAUGGAAUGUCCUGAGCAGAUGCUCUAUUUGUUAAGAAUCAAAUAUUGCAACGAUUUAUCUGAAUGUAAAAACGGCGAAAACUCUACGUGAAAUGCCCACUUUCCUAUGGCUCUUACUAUCUUUGGCCCUCAAUGUGAAGAGUAACAUAAUGCAAGACUAUGAAACUAUCAGCGUCAACCUGUUGAGCCCGCCUGUGGACAAGACGAGCCUGGCACUGCCCCUCGAUGUGGGAAAGGACAAGGUUUCUGGCUGCCUGUGUCGAGGAACUAUGGAUAGGGAGGUCGUUGUAUGUUUCGGGAACUAUGAAUGCAAGAGAUUUCCAAAGAUAAAACUGGAAAAGUGCAAAGUGUUAGUCGUGAGGACCACAAUAAUUUCAGAAAUAUUAAUCGGAGAUUUGGACUCAUAUAACCACGUCAAAGUGUUGAAAAUUGAUGGCAAUAGUCGACUGGAACAUUUACAACCAGGUUUAUUUAAAAACCUAUCAAACGUAGAACAACUGUCGAUAUCAUAUAAUCCUCAAUUGCAUUCUAUACAUCCAGACACAUUCGCGGGUCUUGUCAAACUACAUAAUCUGACGUUAGCUAACAACGCAUUCAAAAAUAUUGGUUUGCUCACGCCAGCCUUUAGACCCACAAUCUUACCAUCGUUACGCGUCUUAGAUAUAUCCGAAAAUGCUUUCGGUGCAAUUGCUGAGGAUGCAUUUAUCCAAAUGGAAGGCACAACACUUAGUAGACUUGUUAUAAAUUUAUGUAGUCUUGACAAUGUUCAUGCAAACAGUUUAUCGAAAUUAAAGGAGUUGAAACAGUUGCGUAUUGGGGAAAAUGACUUGUCUUCGUCGAAUAUUAUUGGCUUUUUACUGGCGCUUCAAGCGAACAAAAUUAAUUUGACACAUUUAUGCAUAUCAAGUAUGGGGUUCCGGAAGAGACCUCCUAUGGACCUAUUGAAAGUUAUCGCGAACUCUACCAUUUCAGUACUCAGUCUUGCAGAUAAUCAAUUUGAAGUUCUGGAAGAUGAUGAUUUUCCUACGAUGCCAAAUAUAGAAUUAUUAGAUUUGCGAAGAAUUUUUGUUAUGUCCAUAGGAGCUUAUACAUUCAGUCCAGUAAAAUUCCCUAAACUACGCAUACUGCUGUUGAGCGAAAAUAAUUUACCUGGGAUACACGAAAAGCACAUAUCAAAUCCACAAGUUCUGCUUCUUGAUCUUUCAUCGAACAAGGGCAGGCCUACAAGACCAUUGUAUUAUGAAAUAGACCGUGGGGUGUUUAAUGAUUGUCGAGACCUACGUUUUUUGAAUCUUGCUUUUAACAGAUUAAAACAUAUGUACAACCAUACCUUUACCGGAUUAAUUAACCUAAGAAUACUUAACAUGGAAAAUGGAACUAUUUUUCAUAUUGGAAACGGCACGUUUAAACCUUUAAGACGUCUGGAAUUGUUAAAUUUAGGAAAUAAUCCACUCACAGCAAAUGAGAACCUUACAAGUGCAAUGUUUGAUGGACUAAACGAGCUGAAGGUGCUUAUUCUGAAAAAUUGCGGAAUUAAACGUUUUUAUGACGAUGAUAACAUCUUUGAAAUGAUGCCGAAUAUCACCCAUUUAAUACUUACAAGUAACCAACUAUCUUAUAUUACUGCUGAAACAUUAAAACCAUUAAAAAACUUAAAGGUUUUAGAUUUAAGUCAAAAUUUAUUUGUGUCUUGGUGGCAACCUCUUUUUUUAGCUGCAGGCGUGCGUCCUUUUAAACUUUAUUUAAUGAACAAUAAAAUAACGCAUUUUACAAUAAAUAUGAUAGAAGAUAUAGAUUAUUUAUUAGAGAAUUCUAAUACCACUAGUGUUGAAAUCGAUCUCGCUGACAAUCUUUUUAUUUGCGACUGUAACGCUAUGUAUAGAAACUCCAUGUGGUUGCAAGCGAACGGUUCAGUUGCAUUGCAAAGAUAUUUUCAUACCUCCGAUGUGCAGUGCAGUAGCCCAGAUGUCUGGGAAAAUCGAAAAGUAGCCGACUUCAUCUUAUCAAUUAAAAACCGGCGCUGUCUAAUCUAUAACAAAAUCACAAAUAUGAUGUUACUAAUUUGGACCGCACCCUCGUUAGUUUCCAUAGCUCUUCUUAUAAUGAUUCUAGUAGUUAUUUAUAAAUAUAAAAUAUAUAUAAGAUACUGGAUAUUCUUAGCCAAGAUAGCGCUAGGACGAAAAUUCAUUAGAUACUCUAUCAAAACUAAAAGCGAACAGAAGGGUUACAAAUACGAUGCGUUUGUAUCAUAUUGCAACGAUGAUAGACAAUUUGUUCUAGAUAUGACGAAGGAGUUGGAAGUAAAACCUCCUUUUCUAAAACUUUGUAUUUACGAAAGAGAUUUCGAGAUUGGUUCUUUUAUAUCCGAAUCUAUAUUAGGUAGUAUAAAUGAAAGUAGAUAUAUAAUCUUAAUUGUAAGCAAUGCGUUUGCAAAAUCUCAAUGGUGUAGAUGGGAGACCCAUUUGGCGGAAUACCACAGAUUAUUUUUAGAAGAUGGUUCACCGUACGACCCAUUAGUUUUAAUCAAGAUAGGGGAAGUAGAUAGCAAAUACCUUACUACCACGUUGAAGUACUUGCUUAAGACAAAGAUAUACCAUACGUGGGACAAACAAAAUCCUGAAGACUUUUUUAUCAGAUUAAGAAAUGUUUUAGUUAAAAAUAAAUGAUUUCCUCAUAAAUUAAUCGUUUUCUUGAAUCUGGAAAAUCCCGGUCCAUUACUUUCUCCACUCUCUAAAUAAGCUGAUAUAAAUAAAAUUAAACGUCAGAGCGAAAGUGCUAAAAGCUGUAAGUUAAGUUUCCAAUAUACAUUAAGUGAAUUUUUUGUGAAAGGGCUCCAUAAACUUAAUUGAAGAGAUAAUUUAGGUAACACAGUUUCACUUACGCAAAAUAAUAUAAUAUUUAGUAGUAGUUAGUUAGUUUACCACUAAUGUGUUUACGAUAUUUUCCUAAAAAAAAAAAGGUUUGAAUUUAGCAACCAAUUCAGUUUUAUGCUUAUAGUAUAAGUAUGUAAUAACACUAAAUGUAUGGGACUACACUAUAAAUUUAGAUUAGAUCCAUCCGUAUGAUCGCUUUUGCCCUGAUAAGCUGAGGAUAGUGGUGUAGAGGCAGCAAGUCGACGUAACCGUGAGGGCUUUGCAAGACUGGCACCACCUUCAGUAAUUAACAGACUACGUAGAAGAACAAGAACCUGGUGAUCUUUUGCAUCAUCACACAAACAGUUUGUUUGUCGUCCCCGAGACGAUCCCUUAUGAAUGCCACUAAGUAGAAUACUUAUUCAGUUAAAAGCCUCCUAACAUUACAAGGAAGGCUUUUGUUGCGAUAUGUCAAAGCAUACGCAAUUGUUACAUGUUUCCGUUAAUUGGGAACAAAUGCGUUUGAAUAUCAAUAGACAUGGCUCGUGACUAACAAGAUAGGAUGUAUGAUGUAGUGGUACAUAUAUUCGCUUCAAAAAGAUAAUCGUACUGUGGAAUCGAGUAUCGGUGGGGUUAAUCCCUGGGAGGUACGACUUCGAAGACUUUAAAAAAGUUCAUACUCCUAGCAUCCACUAAAAUGGGUGUCCAUGGGCGAUGACUGCCCUUUUUAGGCGUCCGUAGGAUCGUUUGUGCUUCCUUGUUACUUAUGAUUAAAGUAAAUAAUUACAACUUUUUGAACUACGAACGGCAAGCCAUUGACAAUCCUUUCCAUGCCGUAGCCACAUACUAAUAUAGUUAUAUAUGUCCCAUUAUAAAAAACGGGACCGAGAAAAUAAG